CAAACCUCACGCGCGCGCGCGCACAACAGCUGCCCGGGAGAUUGCAACGAAAGCGAAAGUGUGCAGACACACUCUUCGUCAUCUUCGCACACUCUUCUCAAGGUCCGGCACUCUCUCGAGAUGAAUAAAACCGGCUAGUGAAGUGCGAAAAGUUGGUUCUCCUUUCUGUUUUGGUUCGGUUUGGAGAAAACGUUAACUUCGGGGUCCCGUAUGAAAGUGCAAGUGUUUGGCAGCAGCUGCUAGGGUAGCUGCGAGAAAAGUUACGGUCUGUGCGUACGUUCGUGCUGUUCUUUACUGAGCAUCAGCAUUGACAUCACUCCUAAGGCAAAUCAAUGCUCCACUGAACGACUGUUUGUGUUUGUAAAAGAUCGCGUGCAGUGCAAGUUAGUGUCCAGCGAAAAAAAGCGACAUUUCUCUGUAACCUGAGGCAGACACGGGAAACAACCAAACUUCCCAAAUUGAAUCAUAAAAGUGGAUAGAAACGAACGACAACAAUGAGAGAAAAACGACGAACGCUAGGUUUGACCUUGGGCAUCCCGAAGAUGAUCGCACUAUCGGUAGCAGCGAUCGUCGCCAUCACGCUGUGUCCUCUAGCCUCUGCCGGUGAACGGUGGUCCCGUCAGCUGACGGAGUUCACGGGACCAGCGACGGGUAACGAUUGGAUUCCGCUGUCCCGGCCCGGUUCGGAGCGUCAGGCCGGUGCGCGCGUGCUGAACUACUUUGCCGCCCCGCCGCAGCAGACGUUCCUCGGGCCGGACAAUGCGGCCCAGGCCCAGCAGCAUCAUUUCACCUUCCUGAACCACCAGUUUCCGCAAUCGAACCGCUUCUUGCUGCAGCAACCCGUGCCCCAGCAUCAGCAUCAGCAACCGGCCCAGGAGCUGCUGGAGCAACCGUUCCACCUGACCAGCUUCCAGCGCAACGGCCCGUUUGUAGGUCAAACCAUACAGCAUCCUCCACCACCACCGCCACCGCAGCCGGCCUCCUCGACCAAUCCGUUCGAGCAGCAGUUCCUCUCCAAGUCACCGCUCUCCGAGGCGCUCAUCCAGGAGGACAAACAGUCUCCACCGCCCCAGCAACAACAGCCCACGCUUCUCGAUCAACCGUUCUCGUACCAACACAUCCGCCAGCCGGAACUCGACGGCCAGCAACAGGUCGGCCCCCAGUCUGGCCCGAGCGGUGGAGCCGUUUCACAAGAAGAGGUCCAGCUGCUGUACGUUCCGGUCGAGACGCUGUACAACCAGAAGCAACCGUCGCAACCUGCGCUCGAGAACAAUCGCUUCAAUUCGCUUCCGCAACCGGUGAGCCCAUCGUUGAUCAAUGAUUUCUACACUGCCGGUACGACGACCACCACGCCGAAGCCGGCGCGCUCCAGUGCAGCCACCUUUGCUCCGCGCUACACCAACGCCCCGGAAACGCCCGCCCCUGCAGUAUCCCGCUCAUCGUCGGCCACAUUCGGCAGUACUGCGUCAUCGAAACCGAAGCCGAACCAGCCGCCGCUAGCCCUGUUCCUGUACAACGAUGGCCGUCAGGGUAAGCUGUCCACCGGUGAUGCGCUUGGAGGGUUGAAGAACGUCAACGAGAUUGCCGUGCUGGAUGCGUUCGGCAAGAACACGCCGAAAGUUUUCAUCGGACCGUCCGGUUUGGCACCGCCCAAGAGCUACUCUCGCUUCGAUCUGCCCUACCUGUCCAGCGUAGACCUGUCGUCCAGCCGCUCCAACCGCAAGAUCGAAGAUCUGCCCUUCUUUGUGGCGCCUUUGAGCUACAAAACUCCCAGCGGAUAUUCGAAGAUUUCACUGCCGCCGCCACACGUAGGCUCGAUCGUCGUGCGGCAGAGCAGCUCCUCCAGCGGAAACUCCCUGGAGCACAACACGUUCUACACGCGCCCAACGGCACCGAGCAACGUGCAGUAUUAUACGCCUUCGACCCUAAACUUUGCCGAAGACUCAGCUCCGACGAAAGCCCCGCUCACGUUGGGUGCUUCCCGCAAGCCCAUCUACGACGAUGAUCACUACACCUCGCCCACGGGAAAACCCGUGUCAACGUCUUCGUCGUCGUUGUCGUCAUCGGGCGAACGUAACUCCGCUGGACAGUACGGUACGUUCAACAAUCCCAACCCACCGAGCCGCCACCCGAGCGUGAACGAGGAGUACUUCAACCUUGCCAAAACGAAGAAGCCCACGACGAGCCCGGCUCCGGCUCCGACGACCCCGAACUAUCCGUUCCGCUCGUACGGCAGUACGCGCCAGUUCGAUUUCAAACCAAUGCCAGACCAGAAGAUUCCACCAUCGUUCUAUCCGGCGGAUGAAGAUGACUCCACCACGACCCUGCUGACGACACCGACCACGACCGAGCGUCCCACCACGGCUCAGCUGCAGUACGAAGCGGAACGCAUGAGAACGCACUUCCGCGAGGAGAACUUCCGCAGUCGUCGUCCGGUUCAUCAUCAGCAGCAGCACCAGCACCAGCCGACCACACCGGCCACGUUGGGUGAAAGCAAGCAGCAGGAGCAGCAACAAUUUGUCCACAAGUUCAAGCUCGUUGACUCCGUCCGUCCAAACAACGUCAAGUCGUCGGUGGUAGACCACGGCUUCUUGGAUUUCUUCAACCCACCAUCCUCCCAGCAACACACGGACGAAAUGAUCAAGACGACCAUCACGACCAGCCUGCCGGGCAGGGACGGUGCUGAGCGACAAAUCAUCCGCAACAACUACUUCACGGCCGCGGCUGCCAUCAACGAAGACAGCGGCGCCAACAGACACAGCAAGUACGUGAGCACGUACUACAACCCAUCCUCAACUGCUGCCGGCACAACGGCUGGAACGACGACACCGGCACCGCCUACUACGCAGGACGUUUUCUUCCGCGAUUUCGACCAUCGCAGCAAGUUCUACGAGCGUGAACCGAAGUACGAAACGAGCUUCCCGACCACGGUCGGUACCACUGGUACGAGCUACAUCAACAAGUACAAGUACGAGACGGAUUCGUACAACGAUGCGCCACGCUACUCGGUCGAGGUCAUCACCACUAGCGAACCGACUACGGUAACGGUUGAACCAACGCAGGGAACUACGGACCAACAGCACUACAGCAUUCCCUCGGAGCUGCCUCCGAUCAGUGCCAAUCUGCCCGGACUCGUGAAUGCCCUGAUGGACGAUCAGUGGUCGCCCAAGACACCGGACUCUGCUUCGACCAGUGCCAACACACGUGGACCUCACUUCCGCAAGCAGCUGCACCGCACGACGACACAAUCGUCCGUUGGAGCAGAUUCGUACGCGGCGGAACCGGUCACCACUACCACCAGAAGACCCGUCCAGCGACAGCGCCGUCCUCAUCCAUCCCGUACCACACCAGCCCCAGAGACGAGCGAACAGUCAAGCCCCAGCACACGGGCACCGAUCUCGCGUUCCCGCUCCCGCUACGUGCCCAACAACGACGAACGUCCGGCCUCUCGUGGACGUAGCCGCAGCCGUACUACCACUCCGCGUGGACCACGCAAGGAGGAAGAGAACCUGGACUACCAGCGAGACGUACUGAAGCAGAACUAUCCGGUCAUUCGACCGCAGGGUGGUGCUCCCGCCCCAACUACCACGCCUCCUUCGACGACGAUCGCUACUACGCCUUCGACCACGCUGAGCUACCAGGAAACGUACGAGGAUCCUUCCGAGCGACUCAUCUCCACGACGCUGGCCAAUGAGGUCCCACUGGACUCCGUAGAUCCGCAGCAGCAGCAGCAGGUAACGCGCAAGUACUCCACGUACUACAGUGAACCGACCUACGAACAGGAAACGACCCCCACGACGGUCAUUCCACCGCAAACGUCCAGCUACUUCGUCCCCUCGUACAGCACCCGAGCUCAGCUGGGAGGUGGCGAUCGUGCCGAGGAGGAGGAGUACGUGCGUCCUCAGGAAGUGAUUCCACUGAGCCGUGAUCCCGAGCUGAGUCAAUCGGUGAUUCCGCUCCGAUCGCAAACACCCGCCACGGAAGCAACUCCCCAGACGGCCCCACCACCAGCCCCCAUCCAGUACCAGCCGGUGACGGAGAGUGAGGAAAAACUGACCACCGCCUACGGUCAACCGCUGGAGGAGGCGAUGGAAAUCAAGAAGGUUGAGAUCACUCCAAGGCCACGCCGACCGGGACUUGUGUCACGCCAACGCGACUCCCAGCAGACGUACGCGUCACGCACUACCACGGAACGAACGACAUCCGUACGCACUACUACACCCGAACCUACGGCGACAUCGGGAGCGGGAUCACGCACGGCAUCCGGACGCCGACCGGCGUUCGUGCGACGCCCCUCGAGAUUGUACGCGACCACGACCGUCAGCCCGACGACGACACAGGCCGCAGGAUAUAGCAACGAGCAGCAACAGCCCACGCAAGGAUCUAACACCGUGCGUACGAAGAAUCGUCAAGAUAUCCUGCGCGGACGUACACGCCGACCGACAACCACGACCGAACCGGCGGCAGCAGCUACGACCGCCUCUCCCGAGGCUCCGGUGACGCGAGCGUUCGGAAGAGGCAGCAAUCUGCGCCGCAUUUCCCCCACGCUACGCUCCAGACAGGAGCAAACUGCCGCAGCAACGACGCAGCAACCGAGCACGGCACCAGCGGCACCGGCAUCCAGCAGCGGACCCCGAUUCCGGAUCCGCGAGCGCACCCGGUUCAACCUGCAGCCACAGGAAUCGCAGUGGUCGACCAAGCUGAACCAGAACUCUUUCCAGCCGGUGCUGAAGAGCGAAUCGCGUGCCAAUGAUUUCGAGCAGGAGAACGUUUCGACCGAACCGGAACCGGAAAUCGUAACGGCGGCCCGCGACACUGAGAUGUACUUUGUGAACGUGUCGUCCAAUUAUGGUCAGAAGGGUGGCAGCAGCAGCAGCAGCAGCAAUAGCCAGGCAGCGAAUGCUGAGGACAGCACAGAAAAUAGUGUUCCCUCAUUUGCCGACCUGCUGAACGAUGUGAUGAAGGAUUUCAUUGACGAUAACAGCCAGAAGAAGCCGGAGCGCGAAAGCGACGAAAAGGAUCAAGUUAGCGUGGAGGAACCGCGACGACCGGUGGCCAACUUCCGCAACAACUUCCUGCGCAAGCGUGGUCGCUCGAAGGUGGUGGAUUCGUUCGAAACGGCCGAGUCGCAGCACAUCAACCAGGCGGCCCAGGUGUACAACGGACCGUCGCACUUUGGCGAAUCGCUCAAGAGCAUCGAUCACGUUGGCCUUUCGGGCAAAAACGUGCCGAAAGAGGUUGCCGCUAAGUAUCACGCCGACGAAGAACAGUAUGAUGAUCAGGAAAACACCGCACAAGAACAGGCGACCGUUGCACCGGAGGACGAACCGAAGGAAACGGAAAGGGACGAUGCAUCCGUCGAAGUUAUAACGGGGGUGGCGGAGGUGGCAAGCAGUACGCAAGCAACGCCAACAACCACCACCACGAAGCCAACGGAAGAAGUGCCCACGCUGGCCAGUUUGGAACAAACUUCUACCAAUCUUCCGCAGCAGCAGCAGGAUCGGGCCGAAGAGGCUACCGAGCCAUCGGCCACUUUCGAGCCCAUCGCCGAGGACGAUCCGCUGAACGGUUCGGACGAGGAGGAGGCGAAACGAAAAGUGUCCGAUGGGAUCUUUGCCGAUGUGAAGAAAACGAUCUCCGAUCUGUACGAAAUGGCCGAACAUGACACGGAAACGGAGGAGAUGGUGGACGGCGGUGAUCCGGUCGGUGAUGAUGAUGACGAGGUAGAGGAUGAAGAGUUCCGACCGACGGAAGAUUCGCUGGCUGAUCCAACCGCUUCGACGACCGACAUCAGUCCGAGCGAAACGCAGUUCGUACCGGUGACGGCGGAACCGCCCGCGUUCGUCAACCCGAUGGGUUCGCUCGUCAUUCCGACGUCCGUAUCGAACGGCAUCACGCACGAGACGGAGAUCUGCUACCGAGGACGCUGCAUAAAGACGGAGGACGACAAGCGGAAGCGGAAGUUCAAAUUAAACUAAGCGGUAAGAAAAACACGGGCACUGGAAAGGGGUGGUGCACGAAAAAAAGCAGGGCGCCACCCCCAAAGCGAGGACAGUGCGAGGAGUGUAUGUGUGCGUGUGUCGAUAGUCUGUAAUAAGUGUAGAGUCUUAUUUAUUUUAGUGCUUAGCUCAAUAAAGAAUGAUCGAACCGAAAUCCUCCAACAUUCGGUAAUGUUGGCAUCUGUUUCCAAAACUCAA